CACCGCUUUGCCCCACCUAUUGUGUAUGCUCUGACCAUAACUUCCAUUUCCAAAGGCAUAAAGGCGACAAUAUGAACGGCCACGCUGACCCGUCUUCGAGCAUGCUUGGGGCAUCCACAAGCACCAGAGGCCGACAACUCCAGGUCGCGCCGAAGCCUGUCCCCGCACUUGACCUACCCGCUCUCCAGAACGCCAGUCGCGUUCUCCAGGAUCAGCUCCUUAAGGACACACAAACCUUGCCGGACCUGAAUGACCUGCUCACAGUUCCUGGCGUACCAUCGUCCGCGUCAUACAGCGUCUUCCCCGAUGACUUCCGCGUCCCGUUCCAGAAGAGGAGGCUUGUUGGGAUCCCAGAGGGAUUGUUUCAAUAUUACACCACCACUAGCGUCACAUCUCAUAUGGGGUUGAUGCCUCAAAUGAGCUAUGCUAUUGGCGUCUCCACCACGCCGGCCACCGGGCCCAAUAACCGCCCGCGCAAGGAGAUCAAGAUGUACGCCACUGACAUGGCAAUACCCAGCGACAUGGAGAUGACGUCCGUUAUUGGAACCGAGGAUGGUCGAAUAUUCAUGUGUGGCGUUCAAGACGGGGCUUUACGAGUUCACUACCAAGAGAAGGAAGGGUGGUUCGGCAAGAGGAGCCUUCUUCCUCGACUAGCAGCACCGAAGCUGGAAGGUGAGCUGAUCAAUUGCUUCUACGGGCUGACAACAAAGAACACGAUCUGGUAUACAAACAAACGGCGAAAAGAGCAACUUCCAAUCAUCUCCUUACAUGUCAUUGACACGUCAGAAGCACGAUCAGGAGUCCAGUUGAUGGCCGUGACUACCAACGGUGUCCGACUAUACUUCGCACCGUCCUCCGGUUUCUACUCAUACAACUAUGCGAGCGCUAGCGGCACUCCAACUAGCUCGCGUCCGCUUCAGCUCAUGCAUGUGCGACUCCCGCCGUCCAAUUUGCUGCAUCCGGAUGAACAAUCGAACCCCUACCGGCCUCUGCCACCUCCGCCGUCCAUCUCGCGGCCAUAUAUUGUCUCUGCCCUCGAGAACUCGUGUUAUGAUGUCGGACUCACUGUCGCCGCCCAGCCGGGUGACGUUGACGGCACCGACUUCGUCUUGUGCAUGUCCCCGGACUUGACUCGCAUUGGCUCGCUCGGCCAGCUUCACGGUCCGCCGCCUCAACAGCAGAACACGCAAUACGCGAAUACGAACUAUGGCACUGUUCCGGGUCCUAGCCGACCGCCGCUUACUGAGCAUGCUACUCUGCUAUCGAUUCCGGGACGGACUUGGGGUAUGGCACCAGUGCCUCGAAGCUCGUCUGCUGCGGCUGUCGCUGGGCCAUCCGGUACACCUGCUCCGGUGUUCUCCGAACCGACAAGACAAUUCAUGAUCCUGACGAACGUCGGAUUGACGUUCCUGGCGAAACGAAGGUCACUGGAUUACCUGAAGGAUGGCAAUGCCCAGCCGCUAUUGAGUUCCGCGACAGAUCAAACUUGCGCGAUGUUGCUAGCUAUUGCGAGCGGGAACACAUUCUUGGACCAAUCGGAACAGUCACUGCUAGGCAGCAUCAGCACCGUAAGCCCUGAAAUUGCCAUGGUAGCUAAGCAGGCAUUUUAUGACUUCGGCGAGCGGCCAAUGUGGUCAGAGCGCGUAACAUACGGCACGAGCACGGAAGGCUCUGGUACAGCCAUUUUCAGCGGCCGACGGGAAGGUCUUACCAUGUAUUUCGCUCGAUUGGUCAGGCCAUUCUGGAAAGCCAAUGUUACUACGCCGGGGGCUGCUGGCCUACAGCAUCUGAGUGUUCCUGACGACGUCCUCGUCACUGCCCAGAAGAACCUGUUCGCUUUGAAAGAGUUGCUGGACACAAAUCCCCAACUCUUUCACUCAGCACCCGGCGAUCAUACUGGCGCACGGUCAACGACGGUCAGCGAGCAGGAGGCCUGGAAGGCGGAGCAAAGUUCGGUGUCGCAACUCAUGUCUCUUCUCGGCAGGACAAUCGAGGCGAUCUCAUUCAUUCUCCUGCUGAGCGAUCAUAGACUGGGGGAGCUCAUCCGACAGUGUGAACCCGAUGUCCAGCGACUCGUCACAAGCAUGACCUUCGAGGACCUAAUAACCGACGAGAAGGGCAUUGCAGCGUCCCGGGCGUUGGUCAACGUCGUGAUCAACCAACAGAUCGGCCAGCAAAUAAGCGUGGACACUGUCAGCGAGGUCUUGCAACAACGAUGCGGCUCAUUCUGCAGUACCGAUGAUGUGAUGCUUUACAAGGCGAGAGAGAACAUCCGCAAAGCCAUUGAGACGCGGAAUCCCGCAGAACGUCAGACUUGGCUUGGAGAAUCGCUUAAGCUGUUCAUGAAAGGGGCUCGCAACCUCGAUUUCGAGGGCUCCGGGAGAUAUGCGGCGAUUACCAGCAGCUCAGCUACGCGAAAGGUCAGUAAUACGUUUGAACCCGAUUUGCUCAGCAUAAUGCAAACAAUGGAAACCCGAAUAGGCGCGGUGGAACUGCCAUUACAUUGCGCGCAAGCGUACGAUGCUGAUGGGCAGGGCCAUGAACACUGGCAUGCCGGUGCCCUGCGAAUGAUCCUCCUGGUAUUGGACUCGCUGUCGGUAUUCGAGCAGCGGUGUAACCAGCAAAAUAUCUCUGACGAGACGGAGCGUGUCCGGAGUCAUGCCUACGAACUCGCGUUCGAAGGCGAAGAUGAGAUGUUCCACUCAACAUUGUAUGACUGGUUGAUUGAACGAGGGAUGGCGGACGAGUUGCUCGAGAUGCGUCCGGCCUAUCUGGAAGCCCAUCUGAGACGGCAUCCCCUGACCGUGCAAAAGCUGCAGUUGCUGUGGCAAUUCUAUGUCAAGGAUGGUCAGCCAUUACGAGCAGCGGAGGUGUUGGCAGCGUUGGCGGAGUCCACCGACUUCGAUUUGCCGCUCGAUGCGCGACUGACUCGAACUCUCAACACUCUCAUGCCGCACUUCAACGAUCAAGACGAGGUCGGCGAGAAAGCCAGGCUCCUGUCCCAGAGUUUGAUGUCGAUCACGGAGCUAUAUCAAGAAUACGCCGUACCAUUCGACUUGCCAGCUAUGCAGUUGCUGAUUCUGCACGUCUCCGAGCAUCGAGACGAGGGCCUUGUGUGUCCCAUCUGGAACAGGAUAUUCGAGGAAGCCAUCGACAACGCUGAGACUGACGUCGCCGCGGACCAUAUUGUGUCCAAAGUGGUCCCUCUCGGACAACGAUUCUACCCGUCUGAAAGUGCAUUCCCACUACGCCACGUCUCGUCACUACUGGUACGCUUCAGCCUGGCGCACAAAGGUGCACUCCCAUACGGAUGGGCGCCUCGAAUACUGGUCCAGUGUGGUGUGCCAUACCCUGAGGUCUGGGACAUCCUCUACGAAAUGUAUGAGUCUCAGAUCCCACCGUUCAACGAGCAGGCCAAUGUACAGUCGAUCUCACUGGCUGGAGGAUGCCAUGCGACCACAUCUGCCGUGUCACGGAGCGAGUUCCCUGUAUACCGCGUCGACCAGGCGGUGGACCAGUAUACUGCGGAGCUUGACCCAAGCAGGACAGAAACAAAAGCAGCGUACGAGAAUAUCAAACGCCAGCUGCGGAGAAAUUGGUGAUUA